AUGGUAGUAAUUACCCGCUCACACAUUCCAAAUACUUACAGAACUUCCACAAUUUCUCGGAUUCGACACUGCAUCCCCUUAAACAUAGCGAAUUACUACUAUCGGAGACUGGGUUCCAGUCUCGUGUACAUAGAUAGUUUUGACGGAGCCGAAAACAUGACUUGCAAUAUGAUGACGUUAUUUAUGUUACAUUGUUAG